CAUUCGGAAUUCGUUCUGUAUUGGAAAUUCACACGAGACCAAGUAAAGAGAGAUCACAGGCAAAAUGUCAACACGUAGCAGGUAACAACAACUUUACAUCAAACAAAUCCAUUAAGUUCUAUUGGAUUUUUUUGUUGUUCUUCGUUUGUAUAAUCAGUGCGUUGUGUGUUUGAAUUGCAAACAAACCAACGAAAAUAGAAUCGACUAAAUCCACAAAAAAAACACAUAGUUUAGGGUGAAAAAGCGAUACGUGUUAAUAUCAAAGAUAGUCACAGCAGUUUAUUUGUAACACUAUCAAUGCAUAACAAAUAAUAAAUCGAUUGAGCAAAAUCGAUGACACGACCAAACAAAAUGUGUCUGGGAAAUUCACGUUUGCCCGGAUAAAAGAGAUAAGAAGUUUCCAAUCGCAAAGCACUGACGUUCAAUAAAAAAAACAACAACACCAUACGACGAAAACUAUUUCAUAUAUCUCGCCAAGUCGAUCGCAACGGUCUUUUGGGUAUUGUUUUUUUGGUUUCGUUUGGAGUAACACACGUAAGUUGUACAAUUUUUUAGUAAAACAUCAACCGUAACUGUGGAAUAUAACAAGCCAAAUACACACACACACACACACACACCAUUCAUAUACUAGUCAGUUUGCCGUCUGGUGAAAAGAUGUUCACCUGACAAUUAAUGCAAUAGAAAUUAUAGUGUGUAAGAGAACUGUGUGAUGUCAUCGUCAUCAUCAUCGUUGCAUCGAAAUUCUCUUGUUCCCAAUGGCGGUUUUGGAUGGCUUGUCGUGUUUGGUACGGCGCUUACCAAUGUAUUCAAUCAAAGUUUGGUCAGUGUCUUUGGAUUACUCUAUGGUGAGCAUUUACAAAACAUGGGCCAGGGCACAGUUGGAGCGGCUUUGGUCAUGAACAUAAAUAGUGUUGCGUUAAAUUUUUCGGGUUUAAUAACGGGACCAGCGCUAAAAAGGUUCCGACCCAGAGUUGUGGCAGCGAUUGGAAGCCUCUUAUCGGGGUUUGGUUUGAUUUUAAGUUCAAUGUCAAAUCAAUUAUGGCAAAUAAUUAUUGCCUAUGGACUUGUUGGGCUUGGUCUUGGUUUCAUAAAUCCAUCGUCAUUUAUUGCGGUCAAUUCGUACUUCAGUACGAAACGCGGAAGAGCUAUUGGGCUGGCUCUUGCGGGUACUGGCUUGGGUCAAAUGAUCAUGCCAAAUGUGGUACGAAUUUUGCUGGAUGAGUAUGGAUUUAGAGGUGCUGCAUUGCUAAUGGGUGCGUUAGCAUUUCACGGUUUGAUUGGAGCAUCAUUCUUUCAACCCAUUGAAUGGCAUAUGAAACGAAAGAGUGGUUUCAGUGAAAAGAAAAUGUUACUGCAUCCAUGUCGACACAAUGCCAACAAGCAUACGUACCACGAAGUGAUGACAACCGACGCUGAAUACGACGAUGAUGAUGGUGAUAGUAAACAGAUUUUGAACAGUGAUACGAUCAGUAUUGAUAGCGGUGCCGUCCUCAUCAAACAACCGACAUGGAAACAACGCAUCUCCAAAGCGUUUGAUUUGAAUUUAAUGUGUGAUCUACAGUUUGUAUCUAUUGCCAUUGGUUUAAGUUUGGCAUAUACAGCAUCGAUCAAUUUUUCCAUGCUCUUCCCAUACUUUCUUCAAGAAGAGGGCGGUUUAAGCCGUAGUGAUUGUGCCUUGUGCAUGUCAGUGUUAGCAACAUUUGAUUUAGCCUCUCGCCUGACAUUGCCAACGAUAACCGAUAAAUUGAAAUUGUCAUGUCGUGUAAUUUUCUUAAUUGGUGCCAUGCUAUUGACACUAACACGAGCUAUUUUAGCAGAAACAACCAAUCGAACUAGUUUAAUAAUAAUGUCGGCACUGUAUGGAUAUGUACGCGCUGCAACGGUGGUCAAUCAAAAUUUGACCAUAUCAGAAUAUACAUCACAGGAUAAGUUGGCCAGUGCAUUAAGCUUAACCAUGAUAAUGAAAGGAGUUUUUGUUAUGACUCUGGGCCAAUUUCUUGGUUGGAUACGAGAUUACACUGGUAGUUAUUCGAUUUGCUUGCAUGUACAAAAUAUUUUGCUUAUAAUUGUGAUUAUAAUUUGGUUGCCGGAGAUUCUCUAUCGAAAGUUCUGGAAAAUGAAGCGACGACAUCAUCCUGUGAAUAUUUAAAUGGAACAAAUAUAGAUGGUACCCAUCCCAUAACAAAUUAUAGGCUUAGUUUUCAAAUAAUCGCACGUAGAUUCAACCUUAAUACGCUUAUUAAAAGAUAGAAGUUAAAAAAACCGACGUCAUAACAUUUCUUCAAUGAUUUUUUUUUUUGCAUUAUUUUGCCUUCAGUUCAGAUUCCUUCAUGUAUAUGCGAUAGCCAAAUAAUAUUAUAAAUAAAUCUAGUAUUUGUUUUUAAAUUAAUGAACAAAAAAAUCCAUCGAAAAGCAAUUGUGAAGAGGGAAAUUAGCCUAAGACCAUGUAGUGAACCGGUUGGAACAAACAACAACAAAAUGGAAAAAUGAAACGUGAAACGAAUUGUCUAUUUUUGUAAUGUUGAGACUGAAACCAGAUGUGAGAGCAAUAAAAUGUUGACACAAAAAAUAGGAAGAGAUUUAAGAAAUGAGCUAUGUUUUUUAUAAUAAAAGAAAAAGAUUUGAAAAAACCA